AUGAGAUACCCCCGCGUCACCACGGACCCUCUCCUGGCCCCGUUCUUAAGUGGAACGAAAAAGUUGUACCGUCAACAGAACGGAAAGACGAGGCUCAUAAAACCUGGAAACUUCGUCAAAGUUGCCAACGACUGUCGCCUUGCCAUAUUGCUCAACAUAUCCAGCUCAGGUAGGCAAGGCAAAAAGGCAACCGUAUGUUUUGUGUAUCCGCGGCAUGUAUUCGACUUCAUCGCUGGACAACCUGGCGUUGCCCAUGAGCGUCUCAGACGUCGUCUUCUCAGCGAGGACCUCCGUGAGCAGGACGUCAAUACCGGCAUCCUCAUCUUAAACAGCAUGACCACCAUGCCCUGCGAAGAUGUGCUGGCGGUCUAUAACGACAAGGAGCUUGCGGAACAUAUCUCAACGUACGACAUGACGCACUACGUUGUCCUCGGCCAACACGAUCCGAUGAGGCCCGAUGAGCUAGACUGUAACCUCCAAACCCGGCUAUUCUGGCCUACUAUGUAG